AUGGAUAAAGAGGCUAAUUUUUCUACGGAUAUAACAAUUAAACUAUUAUUAAAAGUAAUAAUUAAAUAUAAAAAUAGAAUUUGUAAAACAGGAUGAGCUUAGCAGAACCUGCAAUAAACAAAAGAUAUUUCUUAUUUAAGAUUUUUUGCAUCCUCUUGAUUGAUUUGUUAACCCAUUUUCUUAUAUAAUUUUUGUAUUCAUUUUUUCACUUAGUUUCAAGCAUUUAGAAAGUUCUUCAUGCUUGCCAAUCUCUAAAAAUAUAGAUAUUACCAAAUUGUUGUUUUCUAAAAUAUUGUAAAGAGUAUUUUAUUACAUAAUUUAGGGAGUGUUUUAAAGAUUUAUGAGAUUACUAGUAUUAUCAUCGACAAAAAAACAUAGAGAGGUUGCUAACAAAUCUAUAUUCAUAAAGUUCAAAUUAAAUUAGAAGGUCACUUAUUCCAUAUAAAUUUGACACAGGAGGUGUUUUUAAUACUAUGA